AUGAACAAUAUAAAUUUAUAUGACAAUCAAAGUCAUAAUCAUGAUGAUGAUCGACUAUAUAGACCACAUUCAACUAGAGUAGCUAGUUAUCAAGUUUUAAUUGCUUCAUCAUUAGGUUUAUUUACUUUAUUUACAUUUUCAAUAUUAAGAAUUAAAUAUCCUAAAAUAUAUAUUGCAAAUUUUAAUAAUUUGAAUUUUAGUACUCAUUCAAAGACAAGAAGAAAUUUACCUAAAUUGUCAAAUUCUCUUUUUGGAUGGAUUCCAAUUGUUUUUAAAAUUAAUGAAUCAGAGAUUUUGGAACAUGCUGGAUUAGAUGCUGUUGUGUUCUUGGGAUUUUUCAAGAUGUGUAUUAAGAUUAUUGGAGUUAUGUUGAUUUUAGCUAUUACAAUUAUUUCACCAAUUAGGUAUAAAUUUACUGGGAGAUUAGAUCAAGAUUAUCCAGAUGAUGAUGAUGAAAAUAAUGGAACCUCAAUUCAUUCAAGGCAACUACUACAUGGUACAAGUUUGAAUGAAAAUGAAUCAUAUCAACAUUACUUGUGGCUUUAUACAAUAUUCACAUACGUUUUUACAUUUGUCACUGCGUAUUUUUUAUUUGAUGAAACAAACAAAGUUGUAAAUAUGCGUCAAAAAUACCUUGGUGGCCAGAAUUCAAUUACAGAUAGAACUGUAAAAAUAUCCGGUAUACCUGGGAUACUAAGGGAUGAGAUCAUAUUGAAAAGACAUAUCAACAAUUUAAAUAUAGGGGAGGUGGAAUCAAUUUUAAUUGUUAGAGAAUGGCAAAACUUAAACAAACUUUUUAGAUUAAGAAAUAAGAUCUUGAAAAAACUAGAAAGUUAUUGGGUUGAAUAUUUUCAAAAAAAUGGGAUUGAGAAUAAGUCAGAUUUAUUAACUGCUGAUUUACUGCCAACUUUAGGAGAACUGAUAAACUUACCAAGUAGUAAUGGACCAAUUGAUGAUGAUGCAAGAUCAGUUAAUUCAACAAUCUUACAACAAAUUACAGAGAUAGUGGAAGCUACUUCAAAUUCAAAUUCAAUAAAUGACUUGUACUUAGCUGAGAGUAAUAUUAUGACAAGACCAAAAUUUCGUAAAGGUUGGUUUGGUUUAUUUGGUCCAAAAAUUGAUGCAAUUAAUUUCUUUACUGAGAAGUUAAAAAUUGUUGAUACACAAAUUGAAAAAUCGAGAAGAAAAGAAUAUGCUCCAACCUCAACUGCAUUUUUAACUAUAAAAUCAGUAGCUCAAGCUCAAAUGUUGGCUCAAGCUGUAUUAGAUCCAAAAGUCAACCAUUUAAUUACAAGUUUAGCACCUGCACCUCAUGAUAUACGAUGGGAUAAUUUAUGUUUAACAAGACAAGAAAGAAACUCAAGGAUUUUCAUAGUGACUUUACUAAUUGGAUUGAUAAGUAUUUUAUUGGUAUUCCCAGUAAGAUAUAUUGCAAGUUUUUUAAAUACAAAAAGUAUAAGUAAAAUUUGGCCAUCAUUAGGUGAAGCAAUUAAAAAUCAUAAAUGGGCCAAAACAUUGAUAACAGGAUUAUUACCUACUUAUUUAUUUACAAUUUUAAAUAUAAUUAUACCAUUUUUUUACGUUUGGAUAUCAAAAAAGCAAGGAUUUUCAUCUCAUAGUGAUGAAGAAUUAUCUUCAAUUGCCAAAAAUUUUUUCUAUAUUUUUGUUAAUUUAUUUUUAGUUUUCACAACUUUUGGUACUGCUUCAUUAAGUGAUACAACUAAAAUAGCUUAUGAUUUAGCUCAAUCUUUAAGGGAUUUAUCAUUAUUUUAUGUUGAUUUUAUAAUUUUACAAGGGUUGGCUAUUUUCCCAUUUAAGUUGUUAUUGUUGGGAAACUUAAUCAAAUUUUCAUGGAAAUCUUUAUUUUCAUGUAAAACUCCAAGAGAUUAUUUAAAAUUAUAUAAACCACCUGAUUUUAAUUUUGGUUUACAAUUACCUCAACCUAUUUUAUUAUUCAUUAUAACUUUAAAUUAUUCAAUUAUUUCAUCAAAAGUUUUGAUUAGUGCUUUUAUAACAUUCAUUAUUGGUUAUGGAGUGAGUAAAUAUUUAUUACUUUAUGCUUGUAUUCAUUCCCCUCAUUCAACUGGUAGAAUUUUGGUUAUGAUUUUUAGAAGAAUAAUACUCGGACUUUUAAUAUUUCAAAUCACAAUGGUUGGGACUCUAGCAUUACAAGAAGCAUUCAUAUGUGCAGCAUUUCUAGCUCCUUUACCAGUGAUAACAAUGUAUUUUUUAUGGUGUUUUGAAAAUCAAUAUAUACCAUUAUCAACAUUUAUAGCUUUAAGAGCAAUAGAAAAUAAUCAAUCCGUUAAUAAUUUAUUAGAUAUAGAACAACAACAAAAUAAUGAAAAUAAUCAAACUUUAGAUGAAAGAAGAGAAUUUAAUACAAAUUAUGAAUAUCCGAAUUUAAUUUGUGAUUUAAAUGGUCCAAUGAUUGCUUUAGAUGGUUCUGAUGUUUUAUUUAUUGAUAAUGAUGGUAAUACAAUAUGUAAAAAACAAAAUUUUAAAGAAUUGGAGAGUUAUUGA